AUGGGACAUCGUUGGACCAAGUUCUUGCAGUUCUUCAAAUGCCGUAAUCUAGGCGUUAAGGAUCAUCAACCACGGAGUGUGGAACUUGCCGGCAGAAAUGUUCACUAUAUAACUACCAUACAGAGCUGGGAAGUAAAACUAACAGAGUCAACCAGGGAUGGAAAGAUACUUGUUGCAAAUUUCAGUGCACCAUGGUCUGCUCCUUGCAGAUCAAUAGCACCAACCUACUGUGAGCUUGCAGAUAAAUAUCCUUCUUUGAUUUUUCUAACUGUGGAUGUCGAUGCGCUUGCAGAGUUCAGCACUUCAUGGGAUAUCAGUGCUACUCCAACAUUCUUUUUUCUUAAAGAUGGAAGGCAGGUGGACAAAUUUGUAGGUGCUGACGAGGUAGAACUCCCAAAGAAGAUAGCAGCAGUUGCUAAUCUCGCGAGCAGGUUUUGAGUUGACAGCAUUUUCCAUAUCCCAAUCAGCGUAAUCACUUCUUCCCUAUAGUCCCUACAUGUCAUUUUCCACUGAGUAAAUGACGCUACAACUCCAGCAGCUGGCUCUUAAAGACCUCAGAGGUAUUAUUUUCAAUUCAGCCCUGUUUUAUCGGCUUCAUCCCACACAGACGGUGACAGGAUCGCUCAAGAGGAUAAUCUGAAAUCUGGAACUACCCUUCCUGUUUUUGUAGUCCAUAUACGACUAUGAAUUAUAAGCCCAUCAUCUGCAGUAAGGAAAAGCCAAUGCAUUGUGCAGACAAAUAUUAUGAAUAAGUCGUGGAAGAGUGCAUU